AUGUCUGGGAAGUCUUCGAAAAUGCUCAUGGUGAAGUAUCCAAGAUUGUCUUCAAUCAUCUGCUCCUCGCUCGCGGACGUCACCCGCUGCUCAAAAAACUCAAUAAUACUCAGCUCUCGGCGCGCCCAGCAUUCUGUCAUCGAUGAGAUUGCACUGCUUCAAGCACAGCAUCUGACGCAACGCAGAAACGUGUACUUCAAGAAGCAGACGUACUACAACGAGCCCGCACUCGGGUACAUCAACAUCUGCGCACAGACACAGAUUGUCAAACACGGACGCGGGACGUUUGUUGUUGACACACCCAAGCGCCAGCACACCUUCCAAUGCGACAACCAGCAGGAGGCGGACCGGUGGUGCGAGCUGCUCAAUCGCGCUGUAAAGAGCGCACGCGCCCUCGCACUCGGCAGCAAGGCGUCAUCAUCCUCAACAGCAUCAUCGUCAACAACAGCAACGUCGUCGGCCGCAACGAUGGGCCGUGGUGGUGCUGGAGGUGUUGGUGGUGCUGGUCGCAAGGCCAUGUCCAAGUCGAUGCGCGUGCAGCGUACAAAGUCUCUGCGCAGCAACCCGCUCGGCGCCAGUGUUCGCGUCACUGCUGCUGGGCCCGUGCACACCUCCAAGGCCAGCGAUGGCCAUGGUGGGAACAGGAGGAAGGGUGCUGCGACUGUUGGCCGGGCUGGUGGUCGCGAGCACACGACACGCGCCCCUCUCAACAUCAACACAGACACACACGCACACACACACGCACACGCACCGACAUCGUCGUCAUCAUCGUCAUCGACACGUGAUGCACCACGCCCAUCCCAACACCAAACCCACAACCACCAGCAGCAGCAACAGUCUGUGCGCUACUCUGCACCUCCCCUUCAACAGCGCUAG